GUCAAAAUCCCAGUUCACGACCCUCCAAACUGGAUAACAUGUACACCCGGAAGCACACACCCUCAAGUCUAACCAACCAAAUGCCUAAAAAUUCUUUCUCACACAUCUGUGAGAAACCACAACAAUGGCCUAAAUGUUGUCUACCGUCGUUGGUGGUGGAUAUACAAACCAAAGCCGGCAGCCGGAGCCGAGCCAAGCUGAGACGACCACGCCUAGAGUGCUAACCAUAUUGUCUUCAGUGUUGGAGAAGCUGGUGGCUCGAAAUGACCGGCUCAUGGCCGACUCCCUCAGUCAGAAGCUGCAUGAGGUAAGCUGCGGCUCGUGUCGACUUGGGAAGGGCUUGAAUGCGUUUCAUGGUGUGAGAGCACCAAGCAUAAGUGUUUCGAAGUACUUGGAGAGGCUGUACAAGUACACGAAUUGUAGUCCAUCUUGUUUUGUGGUUGGGUAUGUGUAUAUAGACAGAUUGGUGCACAGGCACCCUGACUCCCUCGUGAUAUCCUUGAAUGUGCAUAGGUUAUUGGUUACAAGCGUUAUGGUUGCUUCUAAGAUGCUAGAUGACGAGCAUUAUAACAAUGCAUUUUUUGCUCGAGUUGGAGGAGUAAGCAAUGCCGAGUUGAACAGGCUGGAAUUGGAAUUGCUCUCUCUAUUGGAUUUUGGAGUUACAGUAAGCUCCCGGGUUUUCGAGAUCUAUUGCUUGCAUUUGGAAAAAGAAAUGCAAUUCAAUGCCAUCGGGAAUAACAUCGAAAGGGCAAUAAUUUCCAGUGCUGUCGACGAUGUGACUGAAAUAUCAGUAGAAGAUACACAAAGUUCAUCACCACCUCAGAUGGUGGACUGACCUGCAUUUUUCUGCUGCAUCCGGUUUUCUCUUGGCUUAGUGAAUUAAUCUUGAAUUGUUGGCCAUGGAAUCAUUGGCUGCUUUCUUGUUUGUAUGAUAUUAAUUAUCAUGUAACAUGGUGCUUCACCUCUUGCCUUUUUGCCAUAUUGAUGAAAUAAAAAAAGAAAAAGGAAAAAAAUGAAUUAAGUUGACUAUUC